GUUCAAUCAGAUUAAUUGGGCAGGUUACCUGGGCGCGAGCUGACCGAGCUAAACUUCAGAAGACAGUGAAUCCCUGCAUCUCACGGUCACCUGGAGUAAAAGCAGGCCUAACAGUUACUCAUUUAUCAGGUGAAAUACGUAUUAACUUACACCUGAAUAUUUUUAAGGGAACUUUGUUGUCAUAUCUCUCCUCAGACAGGAGGUUUAGGGAUGCAGUCCGUCACAGCAGAGCUGGCGUUAGUUGAGAUUUUUGCCGAGGAAUCUGAAGAUGAGCGAACAUUUUACGGCUUUUCUGACAACGAAAUCAGCGACCUCUGCGAUAAGAAUUCAGGUAUGGGAGAUGAAGAUGAAGGCCAGCAUGAACUUUUUCCCAAGGAGCAGAAAGCCACGUCUGGCACCCACACCUUCAGACUGAGGGUGGCUCUCCGCCCCUCUCGCUAUAGCCAGCAGUCUACUGAUGAGGAUGAGGAGGAGGCUGAGGAGGAAGAACAACCGAGGGCAAAAAAGAGAGGUGCUAUGAGGACGGACAAUACUAGUCAAGCAAAGAGGAUGAGACGUGUUAAAUUUGAAGACAAACAUAAAGGGACAGCAGUGGAUCAGCGGGCUCCGUCUGAGCAGCGUGGAUCUGACUCAGCAGAAGACGUAGCCGAUUCUUUCCUGGCCAAGAGAGAACAGAACAUCAAGGCCAAUAAAGCAAUGUUGGCUCAGCUGAUGGCAGACCUACAGAAGAUGCCAGGAGGUGCAGGGUUUUUGAAAAAACAAGCAGACAAACAGAAGACUAAAGAGAGAAGUUCUCGUCCACCACGUUCUGGAGGAGAGUUCAGGAAGAACCCCGAGCGGGCAUCUCGCAGACAGACCCGCUCUAUGGGCGGAGGUGAGGAUUCUUCAGCCCUUAAGGAGGAACAGCUGGAGCUCAGCUUGGAGGAGGAGCUGCUGGAGGUACGCCGAGCCCCGCAGCGCCGAGGUGGGCCACGGCCCAAUCAGAGCAAACCUCAUGUCAUCCGUCCUGUGGAGGACAUCACGGAGGAUGAGAUUCAGCUGGUCGCAGAUAACAUGACGGAUAAAGUCUACAACAGAGUCACAGGCUCCACAUGUCAUCAGUGCCGUCAGAAAACUGUUGACACCAAGACAUGCUGCCGCAGUGAGGACUGCCGAGGGAUUCAGGGUCAGUUCUGUGGGCCUUGUCUGAGGAACCGAUACGGAGAGGAUGUCAAGAAGGCAUUGCUUGAUCCGGAGUGGAAGUGCCCUCCCUGUCGUGGCAUUUGUAACUGCAGCUUCUGCCGCCAGCGCGACGGCCGCUGCCCAACUGGCAUCCUCUUCCCCCUGGCUCAGUACCACGGCUUCUCUGACGUCCACUCUUACCUCAGCAGCCUCCAAAACAAACUGAAGAAUGAGGACAACGAUGUAGAGAUGUGAUGUCAACACUAGGGGAGCAAAUGUUCAAACUGUUUCUAUUAUUUUCUGUGUACUAAAAUUUUGAUGCUUUAUUUUAGUCCUUGUGAUGUGAUUUUAAAUGAAUAAAACAUUUUUUUGAUCACAA